AUGACUAAAUUAACUAGAGUGUGUCUCACGUUGAGAGCACAUUUUUCCACGCAGUUAAGACCUUUGGCGGCAGCCAAAGUUCCUCCGAUUCCGGUGGUAACGUGCAAACAGCAACAGUUCAACCUGUACCAGAGUGAACUACCAGCAAACCCGGAACGGAUUAAGUUUGGUGAACUGCCCCUAGCUUCUGAUGGAUGGCGACAUAGGCGUGCAAAUGGCGAUUAUUUCAUAAUUCACCCCCUUCACAGGACAUCCGAAGUGUACGGUUUGAGUGAUCGAACGUUUCCAGAACUCGGCAUACGUGAGGAGUUGGUGGAAAACCUCAAAAGACAGCAUGUUAUCUCACCAACCCAUUACCAAGUCGAGGGCAUUCAAGCGGUGCUCGAUGGUAGCCACAUGCUUCUAGCAGCCGAAACAGGUUGUGGGAAGACCUAUACCUAUCUCGUGCCGUUGGUCGAGCGAAUACUCCGCCAAAAAAUGUAUGGAAAGGAGCGCGAUUUCAAUACUCCGCUUGUGCUUAUAAUAACGCCGGGUCGUGAAUUAGCGCAACAGAUUGGUCAAGUAGCAGAAAAGCUUACUGAAGGCUUAGGCAUCAACACGCGCGUAGUGCUUGGUGGUCGAACGAAGCAACAAAUGCUGAAUCCAUCGUUUGAGGACAUAGAUAUCCUGGUAGCUAGCUUUGGAGCGAUUAGUAAACUCGUAACAAGUGGCAUUUAUCGUAUGGAAGAAGUGCGACACGUUGUGCUAGAUGAAGCAGACACCUUGCUGGACGAUAGCUUCAACAACAAGUUGUUACAUUUGAUGAGGCGAUUUCCUUUUCACAAGAAUCAUUUGCAAGAUCUCGGACAGAGCAUUCAUGGUACACAGUUAAUUUUAGCCGCUGCCACGAUGCCCACCAACAUGGAAGAGCUACUUUCGAAAUUGGUCAAUGUAGAAACGAUCGAGCAAUUGGUCAGUCCUAACCUGCAUCGCUUGAUGGGUCACGUGACGCAACGAUUCGUGCGUGUUCGAAAAUCGGACCGACCGCAGAUUUUGCUCGAUCUCGUACGCAAGGAUGCAAAGCGUAACGUCCCGACGAUAAUUUUUAGCAACAAAACACCUACUUGUGAUUUUGUAUCGCUCCAUCUUAAUGGAUUGGGCUAUCCAUGCGUCAACCUAAACGGAGACAUGAUGCUCAAGCUUCGCUUAGGACAGUUUGAAAAAUUUCAGCAGGCGGAGGUGAACAUACUCUCGACGACGGAUGUCGCAAGUCGGGGAUUAAAUACGAUUCGUGCUGCGCACGUGAUAAAUUUCGAUUUCCCUCUGUACAACGCGGACUACAUCCAUCGAGUUGGGCGCAUUGGGCGGAUUGGCAGCAGGAACGAUUGCUUGGCAACGAAUUUAAUCUCUAGUCAGGCUGAGAUAGGCGCCGUGCAGCGACUUGAGCACGCUGCUAGAACAACGAGUUUAUUGCGCAAUGUGGAUGCGAACGUAAAGGGUAUUAUCCGGAGGAAAAUGCUCAAGAUAGCGGGGGCACCGGCAGAAGAGGUGGCAUUACAAAAUAGCGACUAGACGUUGAAAUGUAUAGUUGUUAUGUAAAAUUAGUAAAAAUAAAAAAAAUCAUUUCCCAGCCAUUGGCUUUUUCAGUGGGGUUGUUUCAAAUUGAAAUAUGUGAUAAUAAAACGUUUAAA